CGCUCCCUCGGGCGGGCACAGAUUUCAGCACCGAGGACAGCGCUUCAUACAGACAGGACAGCGACGAUGUAACCGGAGCACCGUUACUCGAAUCGGAUCCCGACAUCAGCGCGCAGCAUUAUUUUAACUGCAACAAAAUAAAGAAAAAAAAUAUUCUUGGUCUGUUCAACGCUUCAGUACGAGUGGUGCAGUGCAGAGUCUGCAGACUGGACACAAAGCGAGACCUGCAGUUUCAACUCCGAGUCACAUAACGAUUGAACAUAAUGAGGGGCUGCGAUUAGAGUCGUUGAGAUCCAACAGCGCCCGCAUGCACGGACCGGUCCCAGUCCGCAGCACUGCCUACUAAUCUCGACUGGCAUGUACUGCGGGGUAUUUCAGCCAGGUACUCGAUGAAGAGCAGAUAAAGCCAGCGAGAGGAAACGACUCAUUCAUAUAAAACAGCAUCGGUCUAGUCGUACACAAUGCGUCUUUUUCUGCUUGCAGUAUUUUUUUCUUGCUCCUUUGCAAGGGGCGGCUGUGACCCCAAGAUCGUGAACAUCGGAGCCGUGCUGAGCACCAAGAAGCACGAGCAGAUGUUCAGGGAAGCGGUGAACCUCGCGAACAAGCGGCACGGCAGCUGGAAGAUCCAGCUGAACGCCACCUCCGUCACCCACAAACCCAACGCCAUCCAGAUGGCUCUGUCCGUGUGCGAGGACCUCAUCUCCAGCCAGGUGUAUGCGAUAUUAGUGAGUCACCCCCCAGCUCCGAAUGAUCACCUGACCCCGACUCCAGUGUCCUACACAGCAGGGUUCUACCGCAUACCUGUGGUGGGGCUGACCACGCGCAUGUCUAUAUACUCUGACAAGAGUAUCCACCUGUCGUUCCUGCGCACCGUGCCUCCCUACUCUCACCAAGCCCACGUGUGGUUCGAUAUGAUGCGCGUGUUCCGCUGGAACCACAUCAUCCUGAUCGUGAGCGACGACCACGAGGGCCGUGCGGCGCAGAAGAGGCUGGAGACGCUGCUGGAGGAGAAGGAGUCCAAGAAUAAAAAGAGGAACUAUGAAAACCUCGACCAACUGUCCUAUGACAACAAGCGAGGACCCAAGGCUGAGAAAGUUCUACAGUUUGAACCCGGAUCCAAAAACGUAACGUCACUGCUGCUGGAGGCGAAAGAACUGGAGGCCAGAGUGCUGAUCCUGUCAGCGAGUGAGGACGAUGCUGCCACAGUGUACAAAGCAGCCGCCGUCCUGAACAUGAGCGGCUCCGGGUACGUGUGGCUGGUGGGCGAGAGAGAGCUGUCAGGGAACGCCCUGCGAUACGCGCCUGACGGCGUGAUCGGACUCCAGCUCAUUAACGGGAAGAACGAGUCGGCGCACAUCAGCGAUGCCGUGGCCGUGGUGGCACAGUCCGUGCACGAGCUCUUUGAGAAAGAGAACAUCACAGACCCCCCGCGGGGCUGCGUGGGGAACACCAACAUCUGGAAGACAGGCCCUCUGUUCAAGAGAGUCCUGAUGUCCUCCAAGUACCCCGAAGGGGUGACGGGACGCGUGGAGUUUAAUGACGACGGCGACAGGAAAUACGCCAACUACAGCAUAAUGAACUUGCAGAACCGCAAGCUGGUGCAAGUGGGCGUGUACAACGGCAGCAACGUUUUAUUAAAUGACAGGAAGAUCAUCUGGCCGGGCGGGGAAACUGAAAAGCCGCGUGGAUUUCAGAUGUCGACGAGAUUAAAGAUAGUCACGAUACACCAGGAGCCCUUUGUCUAUGUGAAGCCGACCCUCCUGGAUGGGACCUGCCCAGAGGAGUUCACAGUAAAUGGAGACUUGAUUAAAAAGGUGAUCUGCACGGGCCCCAAUGAGACCAUCCCAGGUAACAAAACAGGACGCCCCAUUGUCCCGCAGUGUUGUUACGGUUUCUGCAUCGACCUGCUUAUCAAGCUGGCCAAGACGAUGAACUUCACAUACGAGGUGCAUCUGGUAGCUGAUGGGAAGUUUGGAACGCAGGAACGAGUGAACAACAGCAACAAGAAGGAGUGGAACGGGAUGAUGGGAGAGCUCCUCAGCGGUCAGGGAGACAUGAUCGUGGCUCCUCUGACCAUCAACAACGAGCGCGCCCAGUACAUAGAGUUCUCCAAGCCCUUCAAGUACCAGGGCCUCACCAUCCUGGUUAAAAAGGAAAUCCCGCGCAGCACCCUGGACUCAUUCAUGCAGCCGUUCCAGAGCACGCUGUGGCUGCUGGUGGGGCUGUCGGUGCACGUGGUGGCCGUGAUGCUGUAUCUGCUGGACCGGUUCAGCCCGUUUGGACGGUUCAAAGUGAACAGUGAGGAAGAGGAGGAGGAUGCCCUGACCCUGUCCUCAGCUAUGUGGUUCUCCUGGGGGGUGCUGCUGAACUCUGGGAUAGGAGAAGGGGCUCCCCGGAGUUUUUCGGCGCGGAUACUGGGGAUGGUGUGGGCCGGCUUCGCUAUGAUCAUCGUCGCCUCCUACACUGCCAACCUGGCUGCCUUCCUGGUGCUGGACAGACCAGAGGAGCGCAUCACCGGGAUCAACGACCCCCGGCUGCGAAAUCCAUCGGACAAGUUCAUCUACGCGACAGUGAAGCAGAGUUCAGUGGACAUCUACUUCCGUCGGCAGGUGGAACUCAGCACGAUGUACCGGCACAUGGAGAAGCACAACUACGAGAGCGCAGCCGAGGCAAUCCAGGCCGUCCGAGACAACCUGCUGCAUGCCUUCAUCUGGGACUCUGCGGUCCUGGAGUUUGAGGCGUCCCAGAAGUGCGACUUGGUCACCACAGGAGAGCUCUUCUUCCGCUCAGGCUUCGGGAUUGGGAUGAGGAAGGACAGCCCCUGGAAACAGAACGUCUCCCUCGCCAUCCUCAGUUCCCAUGAAAACGGCUUCAUGGAAGACCUGGAUAAAACCUGGGUGCGAUACCAGGAGUGCGAUUCCCGAAGCAAUGCCCCUGCGACCCUCACCUUCGAGAACAUGGCAGGUGUGUUCAUGCUGGUUGCUGGAGGUAUCGUGGCCGGAAUAUUUUUGAUAUUUAUUGAAAUUGCGUACAAGCGACACAAAGACGCACGGAGAAAGCAGAUGCAGCUCGCGUUCGCUGCCGUCAACGUCUGGAGGAAGAACCUGCAGGACAAUAAGGAGGCUCCAGGCAGGGAAGUACUUGGCCGAGCCGGGACUCCAAGAUUAACGUCUAUCUUUCUAGAGACACAGGAUGAUAGAAAAAGCGGUAGCGCAGAGCCCGACCCCGACCCCAAAACGAAAGCCACUUUUAGGUCCAUCAGUACCACCCUGGCCUCCAGCUUCAAGAGACGUAGGUCCUCCAAAGACACGCAGUACCACCCAACGGACAUCACAGGCCAGCUGAACCUCUCCGACCCGUCAGUCAGCACUGUGGUGUGAGAGCCCUGUCCUGGGAGUCUGCAGACACAUCACUCACACUCCACAGUCCACACUCCACACUCCACACUCAUACACACACACUCACACUCCACACUCAUACACCCACACCCACACUCACUCACACUCACACUCACACUGCUCCACAGUGACUGGAAACCAGCAGCAACAAAGAGGAGCUUUAUACAAACUGCUUCUAUAAUGCACUCAAUGUUUUGCUAAAAGACAAGCUAUUUUUGGGAAUAAUUGUUUUAAAAAAUGCAAAAGCUGCAGCAUACUUGCACUCUUCACUUCACCUACACAAGUCCUUUGUCACCAUCAUAAAAACUUGAAAUGGAAAUGUGAGAAAUACAGGGGCUGAACUCUCCAUACUGUUUAACUGCUGUGUUCUGUUACUCUACAAGGCAGAGUAACAGAACAGCUCCUUAUCUGCAGUGUGCCUCUCAUAAAAAACACAAACUACAAUGUUUUUUUGUGAACAUUUUAGAAAAAUACGCCUUUGUUUCAUUGACAGCGUAACCAAUUGAACAUUGUGUCAUGUAGGCAGGCUGAAUAGGAUGUCUUACCAAUGUGUGUUUGUAUUUCUAUAAAUGAACCGUGAUACAGUUUCAUAGUGAAUGUUUUCUUUUGGUUUCUGAUGUGGUAUAAUAUUGCUAUAAAGACAUAAGAUGAAAUGAACAUUGGAGUGAAAUGGACAUGGCCGGGUCUAGAGGGGGAUAUUAAAAAGGGAGACAGCAAGUCUGCCGUAUAUUUUGUUAAUUCAGAUCUAUUUUUGCACAGUAAAUGGUUAGUGCAAUACCAAGCUUAGUGGCAGUUUACACUACAGGGGAGUAAUAAGCACUUGAUAUGCUAGCAGGCUUGAACCCAGAUCUUGGUACAGUAGUGUUUGCAGGCUUGAACCCAAAUCUUGGUACAGUAGUGUUUGCAGGCUUGAACCCAGAUCUUGGUACAGUACAGUGUUUGCAGGCUUGAACCCAGAUCUUGGUACAGUAGUGUUUGCAGGCUUGAACCCAGAUCUUGGUACAGUACAGUGUUUGCAGGCUUGAACCCAGAUCUUGGUAUAGUACAGUGUUCACAGGCUUGAACCCAGAUCUUGGUACAGUACAGUGUUUGCAGGCUUGAACCCAGAUCUUGGUACAGUACAGUGUUUGCAGGCUUGAACCCAGAUCUUGGUAUAGUACAGUGUUCACAGGCUUGAACCCAGAUCUUGGUACAGUACAGUGUUUGCAGGCUUGAACCCAGAUCUUGGUAUAGUACAGUGUUCACAGGCUUGAACCCAGAUCUUGGUACAGUACAGUGUUUGCAGGCUUGAACCCAGAUCUUGGUACAGUACAGUGUUUGCAGGCUUGAACCCAGAUCUUGGUAUAGUACAGUGUUCACAGGCUUGAACCCAGAUCUUGGUACAGUACAGUGUUUGCAGGCUUGAACCCAGAUCUUGGUAUAGUACAGUGUUCACAGGCUUGAACCCAGAUCUUGGUACAGUACAGUGUUUGCAGGCUUGAACCCAGAUCUUGGUACAGUACAGUGUUUGCAGGCUUGAACCCAGAUCUUGGUAUAGUACAGUGUUCACAGGCUUGAACCCAGAUCUUGGUACAGUACAGUGUUUGCAGGCUUGAACCCAGAUCUUGGUACAGUAGAGUUUGUUUCUGGGACACUCAGCUGUGUUUGAUAUGUUGUUCAUUGUGCUGUGUAGCAGUAAACAUACCGGCAGGAAAGCUUCAAUAAGACACUGAAAAGUAUUCCUGCGCUUGAUGUUCAUGAAGGUAUGUAAAUAUGAAGUGCUGCGUUUCCAUUUCAAUGCGUUCUCUUGUGUAUAUAUGAAGCCCUGUCUAUACCAUUACUGCAAUUGGAUUCUAAUGCUAGUUAACUUCUACAGUAUGUUCAUGUAUGAUUGUACUGACACGCUAUACUGUGUUUAAUAGGCUUUCAUCUGGAUGUUUAGAUUAGAUUUUCUGCACCAUCAAUGCUAUAUAUCACAUCAUUAAACUAUAAUGGAAUUGCUUUGCCUGUUUUAAAGAAAUAUUAUGUAUCUCUAUAUAAAUGUAAAUAAUUUGGAUGUGCCAUCCUUAUGACCUGAAAUAAAUGUCCUUUGGGUA